GCCAACAUCCAUCUGCUUCCAACUCCGCCCUUUAUCAUUACAUCCAGAGGACACAUCCUACCUACCUCUAAGUCACCACACUAGCAGACCCAGGGAUCACGACAAAAAGAGUACCAGUCUCUCCUGUGGGCACAGCUAAGAUAUCAGCAUGUCACAAGACUUAGGAGACCUCAAGGAUCUGAUGCCCACUGAAAGGAAGUCUGUCUGGAGGACGGCUGAGGAGAGGCGGAUGUCUGACCUCACCCGGGUGCUGGAGUGGCUGGAAAGGAGGCAGGGCAAGAAGAAGCGUGCCCUCCAGAAAAAGAUCGAAGAGGCGAACCGUGCAGAAGAGAAGGCAGGGAAGAAAGGCCCAGGGGCUAAGAAGAAGGACAAAGAGGGCCGCAAGGUGACCUUCAACAAGAAUCAAGAUCCAAAUGCCAUCAAGAAGCUCCCUGCCGGUUACCAGAGGGGGUAUGUAACAGAUGUAAAGGGCAAGCGUCUGAACAUGAUGUCCACCGCCUUCAGCAGGGAUGGCCUUAAGAAGUCUGGCCUAUCUGGAUCCAGAAGAGGAUCAGAGAACACAGACUUAGACAUCAAGGAUGUCAUAGCCCUAGAAAACAACACUCGAGUAAGCCCGUACCGCAGACAAAGCUCUGUUGACCCUGUGCUUCAGGACGCUAUGUUCGGCACACGGAGGGUAGGUCUGCUGAGAGACUGGUCAAGCAAGGCUCCUGAUGAUCGCAAGCUGAAGAGCCUCAUGGAGAAGGGCACAGAGCCCAAGAUAGAGUCAGCCAAGAUGCUGAAGCCGGAGGAGGUGCUGAGCUGCCGGUACCUGCGUUUGUCCAAGAACAACAUCAAGACCUUGAUCAAGCUGUGCAAGGAUGCAGGGAUGGAUGUGGAAAUCCACCCACACAUGGUAGAGGCCGAGAUAGACGCCAAGAAGAUAUUCGAACAUCGUAACAGCACAGCACUGUAGUAGUGCUGCCCCCUGGAGGCUCCUCCCAUGUGGCCUGAGCACCCUGGGGAUUGGCUUCCCUAAACUGCUCCAGUCGACACUGCCCACUGGAGGCUCCUCCCAUGUGGCCUGAGCACCCUGACGAUUAGCUUCCCUAAACUGCCCCAGUUGGCACUGCACACUGGAGGCUCCUCCCAUGUGGUCUGAGCACCCUGAGGAUUGGCUUCCCUAAACUACACGGGUUGAACAAGUCAAACGCAUCACCACUAGCUGGUGUCAGCUUUGUCUUUGGCUCCGCCUUGCAUCAACCCAGGAGUGACUGGGAAGAGAGGCUCCUUGAGAAUGUUUCCUGGGUGCAGUGGCAUUGGCCUGUAUUCAGCACAGGUGGAAGCAGGGGAACCAAGAGUUAAAAGUUCAAGGCCAACUUGGGGCUGUGUGAGGCCCUGUCCAAAACACCAAAAUGGGAGUGGGGAGUACAAAGCUUUUUCAAACUGCUUCUUAGGAGAAAACGC